GGGAAACAAAAAACCCUAGUAGGCUUUGAGACUAAUUAACUAAUCAAUGAAUUGUUUACAAAUUAGAGAGAGUGGGUGCUGAGGAUCCCUCUGGAGCUCGCCGCGACCGUGUCUCAAGUCGCAAGGCUCCUGUGGCUACAAUGGCGGCUAUAACUCGCCUGGUAAGACGUACAACCUUCAUCCCUCACCUGGCGAGUAGAUCUUUUUCUUCUGCGGUUGCAUCUCAGGCGCCUCCGUACAAUGCCCCUAUCUUCCAUCCCAAACCCCUGUUUCCCCGUAAGGAUCCACGGGAUAGAAAUGUCCAGUGGAUCUUUUUGGGCUGUCCAGGCGUCGGUAAAGGCACCUACGCUAGUCGCCUCUGCAAUCUGCUCGGCGUCCCUCACAUUGCCACGGGCGAUCUUGUUCGCGAAGAACUCGCGUCUUCCGGCCCCCUCUCUGCCGAGUUAUCAGACAUUGUAAAUCAAGGUAAACUAGUCCCGGAUGAAAUCAUAAUAAGCUUAUUGUCAAAGAGACUGGCUGCUGGGGAAGCGAAAGGUGAAUCAGGAUUUAUUCUUGACGGUUUUCCUCGAACAAUAAACCAAGCAGAAAUUUUGGAUGGGGUAACUGACAUUGAUUUGGUAGUCAAUCUGAAGAUUCGAGAAGAUGUACUGCUUGAGAAAUGUCUUGGUAGGAGAAUUUGUAGUCAAUGCGGGAAAAAUUUUAAUGUGGCUUCUAUUAACAUGAAGGGUGAGAAUGGGAGUCCUGGAAUAAGCAUGGCACCUCUUCUCCCCCCUGCCCAAUGUAUGUCAAAACUUAUUACUCGUGCAGAUGAUACUGAGGAAGUAGUCAAAGAGAGGCUUCGCAUAUACUAUGACAUGAGUCAGCCUGUGGAGGAUUUUUACCUCAGUCAAGGAAAACUAUUGGAGUUUGAGCUGCCAGGAGGGAUCCCCGAAUCCUGGCCAAAGUUGCUGCAAGCUCUUAAUCUUGAUGAUUACGAGUCCAAACAGUCUGCUGCUGCAUAAAUACAAUAAUGUACCAUAAAAGUGAGUAUUUCAUUCUUUGCAUGCUUACGUUGCAUGCCUGGCAAUUUUGCAGGAAAGAGAGCAUGAGAAGGGGAACUUCUCUAUUUGAAUUAUUUGAAUAAAUAAUGUUAUCAGGAAGUGUUGAAAUCUUGAUCAAACCUCUGCCCAAUUGGCUUCCAUUCGUAUUAUUAAGUUGAAUAUGUCAGAAGUUCUGGUAUAUUUUUCUUCAACUCGGCGAGAGUUUAUGAUAGCUGCUUAAAUGCUUGGUUAGCAAUAAGCUUCAAAAAGACUGGUACGUCACAAUUGUAAUGCUCUCUCUCUCUCUCUCUCUCUCUCGUUUUUUCUGGCCCCAAGCCAAUUAUUAUUAUAAUACUGUUUUAUUUAAAUGCAAAUGGACUAAUUUGGUUUCACCAACCAUUGCUCGAGAGAUUCAGGAAAGGCUUUUUUAUAUUGGCCUCAGUAAAAGCCAUUUUAUGGUUUCUGAUAUUUUCUAACCGUACUUGCUGCUGACCUUUUACUCACCAGUGGUAUGAGACCGCUUUGACCAUGCUUGUUCCUUUCAAAACAUUUUUGUUCACAGUGAGCACACCCAGUAAUAAACUGCUUUAUAGCUGACCGUGGUUUGCUGUUUGCACCUAAAAUAUCUAAUUGGGAUCCCCCCCCCUCCAGAUCGAGUUUGUUUAUUUUUUUACAGAAUGAAUGUACCAUUCCCAUUAGAUGUCAUGUGGAUUAGAAGGCCGAGUUUUUUGGAAAGUGUGGGGGCAUUUUGUAAUUUGCUUAUUGCAGCUGGCCGAGCUGGUUUGCUCAAGUAUUGCAAGCUGGCAAGUUUAAAUAGCUGCUAAAGUAGACAGGGCACGAUACCAGCUCCUGCCUGCUUAAAUCUGCAUGGUGCAGGAUAGAUUUUGCCCUACAUUUUAUCUUUGCAGCUACCUUGUGCUUCCGUUAGAUCGAGUAGUUUCGCUUGUAACUCGUGAAUUUAAUGAACUGUGGUUCUGUUCAAUAAAGUUUUGAAGGAAUGAAAUGAGAUUCUGGCGA